AUGGAGUCGACGGUGCUGAGCCUUGGCAAGUCCGUGCUGAACGGCGCGGUGGGCUACGCGCAAUCAGCCGUCGCCGAGGAGGUGGCGCUGCAGCUGGGCAUCCAGCGCGACCACGUCUUCAUCCGGGACGAGCUGGAGAUGAUGCGCUCCUUCCUCAUGGCCGCCGAUGAGGAGCGAGACGAGCGCAGGGUGGCCAAGACCUGGGUGAAGCAGCUCCGCGACCUGGCCUACGACGUCGAGGACUGCCUCCAGGACAUGGCCGUCCGCUCGUCGCGGUGGCGCCACUGCAGCCCGCGCGCGCUGCUGGAGCGCCGCCGCGUGGCCGAGAAGAUGAAGGAGCUCCGAGCCAAGGUCGAGGAUGUCAGCCAGCGGAGUGUCCGCUACCGGCUCAUCGAUGCCUCCGCCUCCAAGGUCGCCGCCGACGCCGCAGUGCACCCCACCGUCGCCGGUGCAGGUGCAACGACCAUGUCUGAAACCGAAGAGACGAGGCGGCAGCAGGACAGAGCUAAAAUGGAACUCAUUCGACUGAUCAACGCCAGUGACGACAACCCUGGAGUGAUCGCAGUGUGGGGAUCAUCGAGUCCUAGUGCUCUCGAUUGCGAUGGAUCCAUUGUCCGAAGGGCAUACGAGGAUCUCAGGAUGAACAACAAGUUCGAGUGCUGUGCAUGGAUCAAACUGAUGAGUCCUUUCAACCAAUCAGAGUUUCUGUACGGCAUUAUCAGGCAAUUCUACGUGAAUUCUCUUCAACGAUCUGCGGAAGCAAAGCAAGUAGCAGCUGGUUUGGUGGACCAAAUUCCUCGCAAGAAGGGUGGAGAUGCGUUGGUUGAUGCAUUCAAGGGAUCUAUGAACGACAAGGGGUUCUUGAUUGUCGUGAUCACUAACAUAUCCACCGCGGAAGAGUGGGGUGAGAUGAAGAAAUGUCUCCCGAGCAAUGACACAAGGAGCCGAUUAGUAGUGUGCACAGAGCAUAUUGAAGUUGCAAGGUUGUGUGCACACAGGGAAGGAACACCUCCAGAGCUCAAGAAACUGUCUGAUGCUCCGGUUCUCUAUGCCUUCUAUGGAGCAGGCGGUUCUAGUGGCUUGAUACUUGCGGGGCCAAGUUCUAGCUCACAUCACACCACCACUAGUGGUAACAACUCCUCCAUGGAUAGUACAAAGCUCACCGAUGUCGAGACAAUGGUGGCAACAUUGGAGGAGUCUCAGCUCAUUGGUCGGGUGAAAGAAAAAUCUGACAUUAUGAAGCUAAUUACGAAUCAAGCUAGCCAUCAACGAUCUCAUGUGGUCUCCAUAUGGGGAAUGGGUGGCCUCGGAAAAACCACUCUGGUUCAAGACAUAUACCGAAGUCCAGAGAUUGGCAGAAUUUUUGAUAAGCGUGCUUGCAUCACGGUCAUGCGUCCUUUCAACUCUGGCAAACUCGUUGAGAGCAUAGCUAAGCAGUUUGGAGAUGAGAAUGAGAAAGACUUGGCCAAACUCUUAGAAGGCAGCAAGAGAUAUUUGGUCGUUCUGGAUGAUCUAUGGUCUACCAAAGAGUGGGAUGAUAUGAUGUUGUGCCUGCCCAGUCCCAGUACAGUAGCAAGAUGCAUCAUAGUUACCACGAGGGAAGAGAAUAUUGCUAUGCACUGUUCAGAGGAAAGAAACAUAUACAAGCUUAGCGGUCUCAAGCACGAUCAAGCACGUCAUCUCUUCACAAAGAAGGUGUUUAAGGAGAAAACGAAUUUGGAUGAACAAUAUCCUGAAUUAGUUGAACAAGCUAAUUUGAUCUUGAAGAAGUGUGAUGGGCUUCCCCUUGCAAUAGUUACGAUAGGUGGCUUCUUGGCAAGCCAACCAAAAACAGUUUCGAUAUGGAGGAAAUUGAAUGAGCAUAUUAGUGCUGACCUGGAGAUGAACCCAAAGCUUAAGAUGAUAAAAGCUAUCCUUGUUAGAAGCUUUGAUGGUUUACCCUAUCAUCUUAAGGCUUGUUUCUUGUAUUUGUCCAUCUUCCCUGAGGACCACAAGAUUAGUCGGAAACGUUUGAUGCAGCGGUGGGUUGCUGAGGGUUACACAUGGGAGGCUCAUGGCAAACCUGCAGAAGAAACAUCUCAUGACAUCUUUAAGGAGCUCAUAAGUAGGAGCAUGAUCUUACCAGCUCAACAAUCAAUUAGAAGAGGAGGUGAAAUUAUUGGCUAUUGCCAACUACACGAUCUAAUGCGCGAAAUCAGCAUCACAAAGUCAGUGGAAGAAAACCUUGUGUUUAGGCUAGAGGAAGGUUGCAGCUCAAGAUCACAGGGCACAACACGGCACCUUGCCAUCAGCAGUAACUGGAAGGGAGACAAACAUGACUUUGAGAGCAUGGUAGACCUACCCCGUGUAAGAUCAGUAACAGUGUUUGGGAGAUGGAAGCCAUUUUUCAUUUCUGAAAAGAUGAGGAUGUUGCGAGUUCUCGACUUGGAAGACACGACAGAUGUAGCCGCUCAUCACCUUGAACACAUUGGGAAGCUUAUUCACCUGAAGUACAUCUCUUUAAGGGGAUGUUUCAACAUUUGUCACUUGCCAGAUUCAUUGUGUGAGUUGAGGCAACUUGAGACACUGGACAUCAGAUGCACGAGAAUAGCGAUACUGCCAAAAACCAUCGUGAAGCUUCGGAAGUUAAAAUAUCUUCAUGCCAGUGUACCUAUCCCCGUGAGUAAGAAUAGUCCGUACCGGUGCAACAUGCCAUUGCUUUGUCGAGCUUGUUGUGUGCCUUGUUUAGAUGGACCCACCAUCAACAGGCAUGAUGCAUGCAACUAUAUUUGUUGCAUCCAGCCCCGUGUCAUCGUGAUGGACUUGGAUACUAGUUGCCCUACGCUGCCAAGAGGGAGCAGGAAACUAAAAGGCCUGCACUCACUCCGGCAUGUCCACCUCGCAUGGGGGAAUGUUGUUAUAAAGGAGAUAGAGAAGCUCACCCAGUUGCGCAAGUUAGGCGUGACGGGCAUCAACAGGAAGAACGGUCCGGCCUUCUGCUCGGCCAUUUCCAAGCUCGGUAGGCUGGAGUCACUGUCGGUGCUUGGAAGUUUGAAUCUAAGCCUGCGCGGAUGUUUGGAGUACAGAGGCACAUCGUCAACCUCCCCUUCUCCUCCGGAGAACCUACAGAGCCUCAGGCUCAUAGGACAACUGGGCAAACUGUCGCAGUGGAUCGGGAAGCUCCAAAAUCUGAUGAAGCUGAGACUAGAGGAGACCGCACUGGAGGAUGCCGAUGCCGCCAUCCAAGUCCUUGGGGCGCUGCCAAGCCUAGCCAUCCUGCGCCUGCAGGAUGGCUGGUUCAAGGGCGGGGUCCGCCUCAACUUCCGGCAGGAGGAGGCCACCGCAAUAUUGUUCCCGAGCCUCAGGGUGUUGGACCUCCAUUUCGUACCAGGAUCGAGAAGUGGCCUCCUCGAAUCAGUGCAGUUUGGAGGAGGCGCAACUCCCAAGCUUGAGCAGUUGCGGUUUACAUAUAAACCUGACUUAUGCGACAUUGGAUUGUUGUCGGGGCUAGAAGAGCUCCAAAGCCUCGAGGAAUUCAUGCUGAGCGGCACCUACAACAGCAGAAUGCACAAGGACAGAUUUGUGGAAGACGUGCAGAAGCAGCUUGCCAACCACCCAAACACAAUCAUGCGGGAUUUUUGCCGUCUGAAUGUUCUAGUUCAGUCACUCAAUCGUAUUACUGCUGCUUGCAGCAUUUAA